UCGAGGCUUGAGUGCAGAGCGCCAUUUUAGAGAGGCAAAGGAAGUUGUUUUGUGAAACAACUUCAAACGCUUGAAAGGGGAAAGAACUAAUAUAAAGCUAAAUACUUUACGGGCUGUUACUGAUAAUUUCGUUGAUAAUACGUAGUCUAGAGAGAGAGCAUUUUCUGGAGCGAUUAUUUUGAAUCUGUUGUUGGCAGGAACAACAGCAGGCGAAUCCGAGGUCAAAUUGGGCCUAUUUUAGAAGGAGGCAACGGUAGUUCGCAGGCUAGCUCACUGGCUGAUUGGUUAGCUUGCUAGCUAGGUAACUAUUCAUUUUCUGGUCACAGAAAAAUAAGCAGACGGGACGGGACGGUGGGACAAAUCCCUGCGGAGACCAUGGCAGACGAUUUUGACAUUGAGGCUAUGCUAGAGGCUCCAUACAGAAAGGAUGAGAUCAAGUCCUCUAGCGCUAAUGGACAUGAGGAGCGCAGUAGUAAGAAGAAAAAGAGGAGCCACAGUAGGAGUAGUCGGAGCCCGAGCUCUGACAAGCGCAGAAGCAAGAGCAAAGACAGGAAGAAGAGCCGGGACAGGAAGAGGAGCAAGAGUCGGGAGAAGAAACGCAGCCGCAGUAAGGAGCGCCGCCGCAGCGGCUCCCAUAGCAGGGAGCGUGCCGGGCGCUACAGAGGACGCCGCAGCCCCUUUUUGGGGCCGAAAUUUAACGGUGGUCCAGGAGGGAAGAUUGGCCCACCACAUGCCAACAAACUAAGUCGUAGGCGCUCAAGAAGUCGUAGUCCCUUCAAGAAAGACAAGAGUCCAGUAAGGCAACCAAUUGACAACCUGACCCCAGAGGAGAGGGAUGCCCGUACUGUGUUCUGUAUGCAGCUGGCAGCCAGAAUCCGACCACGAGAUCUAGAGGACUUCUUCUCUGCUGUGGGGAAAGUGAGAGACGUGAGGAUGAUCUCCGAUAGAAACUCCAGGAGGUCAAAGGGCAUCGCCUACAUAGAGUUUCUGGAGGCGAAUUCGGUCCCAUUGGCCAUUGGUUUGACUGGACAGAGACUUCUUGGAGUGCCCAUCAUUGUCCAGGCCUCUCAGGCUGAGAAGAACAGAGCAGCAGCAAUGGCCAACAACCUUCAGAAGGGUAAUGCUGGCCCCAUGCGGCUGUACGUGGGCUCUCUGCACUUCAACAUCACAGAGGACAUGCUGCGAGGCAUCUUUGAGCCUUUCGGAAGGAUUGAGAGCAUACAGCUGAUGAUGGACAGUGAAACUGCACGAUCCAAAGGAUAUGGUUUCAUCUCAUUUGCAGAUGCAGAGUGCGCUAAGAAAGCAUUGGAGCAGCUGAAUGGCUUUGAGCUGGCCGGACGGCCCAUGAAGGUUGGUAACGUGACAGAACGCACUGACUCCUCCACCGCCAGCUCCUUCCUGGACAACGACGAGCUGGAGAGGACGGGCAUUGACCUGGGCACCACUGGGCGCCUGCAGCUCAUGGCCCGGCUGGCAGAGGGUACUGGUCUUCAGAUUCCUCCAGCUGCACAACAGGCUCUACAGAUGAGUGGUUCCAUGCACUCCUCUUCAAUCCACUUCGGCAACAUGGCAGCUGGUACAGACAUACAAGCCAGGCUGAACCCACCCCCUGAAGCUGUCGCCAACCCUGCCAUGAACCUGGGUCCAAGCAUGAACCAGGCCAUGAACCUCCCAACUCAACCACUGGCUACACACUGCCUACAGCUGUCCAACAUGUUCAGCCCACAGUCGGAAAAUGAGCCUGGUUGGGACAUCGAGAUUCAAGAUGACGUCAUGGAGGAGUGCAACAAACAUGGUGGAAUUGUCCAUAUAUAUGUCGACAAGAACUCACCUCAGGGCAACGUGUACGUAAAAUGCCCCACUAUCCCAACAGCGAUGGCUGCAGUGAAUGCCCUACAUGGACGGUGGUUUGCAGGUAAAAUGAUCACUGCGGCGUACGUACCCCUCCCAACCUACCAUAACCUUUUCCCUGAUUCAGUAACGGCCACCCAGCUACUGAUGCCUUCGCGGCGAUAAGUCUGCCAUGCAUGGAGUAGAUGUUGCAAUGCCUGUGGGCUUCAAAAUGUACAUAAUGUUUGCUAAUAUGUUGGGAACUUAUUUACCAGAGUAGCAAAAUACUGCACCAGUCCACCCAAUCUUCAUUCAGAAAUACAAAAGGUUUUGAAGGAUAUUUGUUUUAUUGUUCAAUCUGACGGCCAUCAGGCUGAGCUUGAGUUCUGUAUCCGCACAUUUCUGUUGGUGCACUUGAGCAAAUUACGUUGUGUGUUUCAACCUGCAUUGCGAUAAGGAGUUGUUAUACAGUGGAAAGUGAGUACUAAGUAGAUUUAAGUUGAAGCUGACCACAAAAGAACCCAUUUUGGGGACAACCCCACCUAAUUAACCUCUGAUUCUAAGUGCAGUUUGCUCUGUCCUCAUCCAAUUACCACUUAUCAUUGUACGUUUUGUCAUUCAGUUCGGCUUUAGAAAUUGAUUUGCCCAGUAAGUUUUUCAGUUAAUGUGUUAAAUGAAAAGAACAAUGCCUACAAACACCCAAAAACAGAUCUAUUUUUUUGUUAACAACUUCAAGGUAUUCAUUGUGUUUGAGAUCACUAAGUUUUUAACAUUUGUAAUCAAGACUUGAUUUUGUAAAAACUCUUGAUUUAAAUUUACUAUCAAAAUAAGUGAUUUGGGUGGUUCAAUGUGAUGUGCAUUUUGUCUUGUUGACAUUGGAUUGUUUCAUCUGGAAUGAAGGGGGAUGUGAAAUAUGUGUUUGUAAUAAAAUCCUAGUUUACAACA